CCACACCCUGCCUUCUGCUGUCAACACAAACAUCUGCAACUCCCACUCCGACCUUGCUGGAGUCCCUCUCACUCGUCCGCGGCCACUCGAUCACUCGAGAGCACCGGCAUGCUAGCUCCUUUCCUCCGCGCCUAGCUCCGAUCCCCCACUCCCUCCGACUCAUGGAAUCCUAAACCGCCUCGCCCGGCACAUGGUGGUGCCGCUGCUCUGACCCAUCGUCGCCUUGCCCUACCCGUCCUGCAUUCCCUUGUACCUCCGACCCAACCGAUGACUCGCGAGCGUGACGCCCAAGACGAGCGCGAGCGUCGACCGGCUCUGCUCAAAAGCGCCAGCACAACCACUCCCACCCCGCUUGCAAUCCCUAAUCCCACUCAUCUUGUUAAUCAUGUCUCGACAACAUCAUCAUCAUCAUCAUCAUCAUCAUCAUCUCCUUUCUCCACGCACACAUCGAUCACUUCCUCUCUCCGUCCUUCUCAUUCUCGCACUCGAUCUCGCACCAUCGACAUUGUUCGCACAGACCUCAUCCCACUCGUCUGCCUAGCUCUGUGCGCUAGAAGCUCCACAUCACACCUCGCACUCGCCUCCAUCCUCCUCGCAUCUCUUGCAAUCAUUCUCCAUCGUCCAUUCCACACUCGUCCUCGCCCGUCGCCGCCCUCCCUCAUCAUUCCCACAAUGCCCUUCGUCACCCCCAAGGCAUCGCCCUCCCCCAUGUCCGACCGCUCCGUGUCCGGCGCGCCUGAGCUAGUCGGCUCCUUUGUCGAAAAGUACAAGGACCUCAAGGCGCGCUACGAGGAGGCCCAGGCCAAGGCGGACAAGUACGAGCGCCUCUACACCGAGCUCAAGGUGCGCGCAGACGAGCUCGCCGAGCUCGAGGCCAGUCUGCCGACCGUGGCCCGCCUCGAGGCCGAGCUUGAGCACGAAGCCCGCCUCCGCCGCAAGGUGACUGAGGAGCUCGACCAGCUCAAGCGCGAGCAGGAGGAGCUGCUCGCUAUGCAGUAGGGCGCUGAGAGCGUGCGCCCUAGUGAGGUGCGCGCUCGGGAGCGCAGGCCCGAGCCCGAUCUCAAG